ACUCACUCCCUCUCUCUUUCUUUCCUUGUCUUCUUCUCACCAAAAACAUGUCCCACUACUAAUAACUUCCAUAUAUUAACUUUUCUCAUCUCAUCUAUAACGUAAUCGCAAUCCAAUAAAUAAUUUAAACUAACCAUUUCUUCAACACCAUCAUAUCAUUACUCUCUCACAGAACAAGAAAAAAAGAACUCUCUCGAAUCAAAUCCAAUGAGUAAUUACCCUCCUCCAGGAUACGGAUCUGCUUACCCUCCACCACAACCUCAACCUCAACCGUACGAAGGCUACCCUCCGCCGGGUUACCCUGGAGGCUACCCUCCGCCACCACCGCCACCUCAUCAUCGUCCGCCGUAUGACUCCUACCAAGGCUAUUUCGAUAACGGAUAUCCACCACCGCCUCCUCCUCCUCCGCCUCAGUAUAACUACCAGCAUGUUGAUCAUCAUCAUCAUCAGGGUGAUCCCGGUUGCUGUUCUUUCUUCAAAGGCUGCUUUGCGGCGCUUUGUUGCUGCUGUGUGCUAGAAGAGUGCUGUGGAUUUUUCUGAUAAUCACACCAAAAUAGAAAGUUGUUUGUUCUGUUUGGAGCAUUUGGUAAUGUCCUAUGUAGAAAUGUUUGAUAUAUAGUGUGAGAUAUGGUAAGAGUUUCAUAUUUGUUAAAUCUUGUUCUUGUUCUUCUCAAGCUACCUACAAAUCCUGGUUUGUACACAAGUUAUGUCAUGUGGUAUUUGUGAAUUUAUUUGUGAUAAAACUAGAUUGGAAAUUGUAAACCAUUUCUUGUAUGGUUGAACAGAUAAUAAUAUUAUGGUUAAAAUAA